AUUAUGGGGACUUGAAACAGACCGUUUUCAUCUUUUCUCUAGAACUCGCAUGAUUCGUCGGCUACGUAAAGUGAUAAUAGGACUUGUUUGUGGUAGCACUGAACUGGGGUUUGCACUUCCCAGAAAUAUCUGCUUUGAGUUUGGAAGAGAGACAAAAUAGUUAGCUGAUUUCAAGUAUUAUAUCUAGUGACAACGUCAGCACUGGAACAAGAAACCAAAGUUGUGGGCUGCGAUUGAUAUUAGUCCUCAUGUGAAGGAAAUAUUAAGAUAAGAGGCACCAAAAAUUCUGAAAACCAAGAAGCUCUUCACCUCUCCACUGAGAGCAACCAAACAACACAAAAAAUGGCGGAGCCGUUUGUCGUCAACCCUGCAACACAAAGGUAUGCAGUGGUCACAGGAGCCAAUAAAGGCAUUGGAUUCGAGAUAUGUAGACAGUUAGCUUCCGAAGGAAUCAUGGUGAUAUCAACAGCUAGGAGUGAGAAGAGAGGCAUUGAAGCUCAAGAAAGGCUAAAGGAGGAGUUUGGCCUUUCUGAUAAUGUAGUUUUUCAUCAACUUGACGUUCUGGACCCUGCUACCAUUGCUUCUCUUGUUGAGUUCAUUAAAGCAAAAUAUGGAAGGCUUGAUAUUCUGGUGAACAAUGCUGGAAUCUCUGGAAUAGGUUUAGAUGGAGAUAUUUUGAUUCUUCAAGAGACAUUCGAGAGAGAUGCAAAUUCACUUUUGCUAGGUGGAAAGCCAGAACCUAUUCAGCCGAAAGCAAGUGGAACAAUUUUUGAGACUCUUGAGGAUGCUGAACAAUGUGUCGAGACGAACUACUAUGGUACAAAAAGAGUGACUGAAGCUCUUAUUCCCCUCCUAAAGUUAUCCGAUGCACCAAGGAUUGUGAAUGUGUCCUCAACAUUGGGAAAUUUAAGGCUUCUGAGCAAUGAAUGGGCUAAAGGAGUGUUAAGCAACCAAGAAAGCCUCACAGAAGAGAAAGUAGAUGAGGUGGUGCAAAAAUUUCUGAAAAACUUCAAAGAGGGUUCUGUGCAAGCCAAUGAGUGGCCGCCACAUUUUGCAGCAUAUAAAGUUUCAAAAGCAGCUCUGAAUGCAUAUACAAGGAUUAUAGCCCGGAAAUACCCAAGUUUCUGCAUCAACAGCGUCUGUCCCGGUUUUGCCAGAACAGAUAUCACCUACAAUCUUGGUCCAUUAAGCGCUUCAGAAGCUGCUGAAAGUCCAGUGAAGCUGGCACUGCUGCCCAAUGGAGGGCCUUCUGGCUUCUUCUUUUCUCGAAACCAGAUAUCAUCUUUCAUUACAGAAAAGCUCUCAUCUCUCACUGAGAACAACGAAACAACAGAAAAAAUGGCAGAGCAAAUUGGCGUCGACGCUGCAGCACAAAGGUAUGCAGUGGUCACAGGAGCAAAUAAAGGCAUCGGAUUUGAGAUUUGUAGACAGUUGGCUUCCAAAGGUAUCAUUGUGAUAUCAACAGCUAGGAAUGAGAAGAGAGGCAUCGAAGCUCAAGAAAGGCUAAAGGAGUUGGGCCUUUCUGAUCAUGUAGUUUUUCAUCAACUUGAUGUUCUGGACCCUGCUAGCAUUGCUGCUCUUGUUGAGUUCAUUAAAACUAAAUAUGGAAGGCUUGAUAUCUUGGUGAACAAUGCAGGAAUCUCUGGAAUAGGUUUAGACGGAGAUAUUAUGAUUCUUCAAGAGAUAAUCGAUGGAGAUGUAUCCUCAGUUUUUGCUGGUGGAAAGCCAGAACCUGUUCAGCUGAAAGCAAGUGGUACACUUAGGGAGACUCUCCAGGGUGCUGAAGAAUGUAUCCAAACGAACUACUAUGGUGCAAAAAGAGUGACAGAAGCUCUUAUUCCUCUGCUACAGUUAUCCGACUCACCAAGGAUUGUAAAUGUGUCCUCUGCAUUGGGAAAUUUAAGGCUUUUGUGCAAUGAAUGGGCUAAAGGGGUGUUAAGCAACCAAGAAAGCCUCACAGAAGAGAAAGUAGAUGAGGUGGUGCAAGAAUUUCUGAAAAACUUCAAAGAGGGUGCUCUACGAGCCAAUGACUGGCCAAGUCAGAUUGCAGCGUACAAAGUUUCAAAAGCAGCUCUGAAUGCAUAUACAAGGAUUAUGGCCCGAAAAUACCCAAGUUUCUGCAUCAACUGUGUCUGUCCUGGUUUUGCCAGAACAGAUAUCACUUGCAAUCUUGGUCCGUUAAGCGCUUCAGAAGCAGCAGAAAGUCCAGUGAAACUGGCACUGCUGCCCGACGGAGGGCCUUCUGGCUUCUACUUUAAUCGGAGCGAGAUAUCAUCUUUCUGAUGGAUAUGAUGCCGUUUUUCAUGUUACUCAUAAGUAUGCAUACGAGAAAAUCCACCUUGUUCUAUGAUAAUUUAUCAGUAGCCAUUGGCGUAUUAAGUUCUUGGAUUUGGUUUGAAGAAAUGAAAGGAUUUUCUUUUGAUUCUCCUUGA